AACCCCCAAAAAAAACACACCCAUCCAUCGAAUUCUUCCCUCAAUUUCCUCUAUCCCACCGCCAUGGCCAAGCUCGGCAAGCUCACCAAGCUCAAAUCCGCCAUCAAACGCUGGCCAUCCAUCUCAAAACUCUCCCGCACCACCACCUCCUCUGCCGUCUCCUCCGCCGCCCUCGACGAAGACCACAAUCUCCACCCAGUCUUCGUGGGCAGGUCCCGUCGCCGCUACCUCCUCUCCUCGGACGUUGUCCAGCACCCACUCUUCCAGGAGGUGGUGGACAAAUCUUCCCCCAAUUCCGAUGAAGAGGGUGUUGUUGUGUCGUGCGAGGUUGUCCUGUUCGAGCACUUGCUGUGGAUGCUGGAAAAUGCAGACACCCAAUUGGGGUCCGCCGAUGAACUUGUCCAAUUCUACACUUAGAAUUGUGGUACAUGUAUAUCGUGAUUCUUAUUCGUGGUUGCUGUUGCUGUUGUUCCGAAAUAGAAAAAUUUAUAUAGACUAAAUUAACCCAUUUGAUUAAUUUUGCCCUGCGUCUUGAAGAAAACAGGGGGUUUUCUGAACCUGGGUUUUGCUACCUUCUUCCCAUCUCUGUUUCAUUUGUUGUAUUAUUUUCCCGGAAAGUUUGUCAGUUCAAUUCUAAAAUUUUCUCCUCAUCCAAACACUGUGUAUUCUGUGUUUUUGUUUCUUCAAACAUUUUGUCUCUACAUUUUGUUGGUUGGUUUU